AUGAGCCAGAUGACAACGAGCGGUGAAGUGUCCGUGGAUUCGCCGGCGAGCUCAUGCGUGUCGUCGGAUGCGGAGGUGGAGAUGCCGAUGGUGGUCGCUGGAUGCCCCCAGUGCCUCAUGUACAUGAUGCUCUCGGAUUCAGAAGAAGAGAAGCAACCCAAGUGCCCCAGGUGCAAGAGCCCCGUGUUGCUGCACUUCCACAAGUACUGGGACACGAAGAACAAGACCUAA